UGGAUUCAAUUACCUUGCUUUGUUGUGUGAUUUCGUUGGACACAGAAAAUCCCCAGUGUGUCUGUUGUUCUAGUUAGAGAGAUACAUUGAUUGUGGUGCAAUUUGGCAACUAGUUUCAGUAAGCCAAUGUUGCCAUGGAUAUCGAAGAAACAAUGAGGCAAAGGAGAGCACAAAAUGAGGCUAUAAUGCGUCGUCAUUGGGAAAUACUGGCAGAGGAAGCAGAAAGCAGAAAAGAGACACAGAUACACGAUAAUGUAGACUUGUCGCUGUAUUUGAUGACUGGUCGUGAACGGCUGCAGUAUAACAAAUGGAAAUCAGAUCGAGAGGGCAUUGACGAACAACGCAUGUCCAGACAGACAGCAGACUCAGGUAAGUGGAUUCGAGAAUGGGAUCAAGGUAAAGGUGGUUGUGACCGAGCUGUAGAGAGGCCAGACUUAUCCGAUCAGGUAAAGAAUCAAGUGGAAAUGUAUCCACCUCACACAGUGGGUGGCAGACAUCAUCGUCAAUUGGCUCCACUACCAAUCCAACUUCAGAAUUCUAUUUUUCAAGAUACCCGGAAGGAAUUUGUCAGCGGUCGAGGUCGUGCUCGGAGUCAAGUUAAACUAACUGACACAAAUUGUGCCUCAGCUCUGACUGGUAAAGAAGAAAUUGUGUCUGGUAGAGGUCGUGGUCGUGGGUCAGUGGCAAUGUCACCUUUAUCUAUACCUCCUCUAGUCAGUCCAGGAGUGGCCAGAUCACCUUCAUACGUACCUCCUCUAGUCAGUCCAGGAUUGCCAAAAUCGCCAUCCAUACCUCCUCUAGUCAGUCCAGGAGUGCCGAAAUUACCAGUGGGAGGAACAUUUGCAUUUGAAGGGCAAAAUAAUGAUGUUGAUCUCAACUGGGCAGACUCUCUUGCUCGUCUGGACAGCUUGUCUGAUGAAUUUUCGUAUGGUAGUUCAUGGGCUGAUCUUCCAACACCAACGUUGCUUAGACGGGAACCACCAACAUUUUGAUAAUUUCAAAUGUGUUGUGGGUCAUUACAGUUGACAAGAUUUGUUUAAUUCUUACUGCCAUUUAUACUGAAUUUUUAACUCGUUAUUUGAGAAUUGGUACAUCAAGAAACAUAAGCCGAUCAUAUGCAUGUUUCCUGUCCUUCUGACAGUUGCUCAUAGCUGUGUACUUGUGUUGAGGUAGAAUUCAUUGAUUCAAUAAGCAGCUAAUAAUAAACUUAUAA